UCAAAAUGUUGUUGCCAAGCCGUUUUGUGCUACGGCCCUUCGUCUAGAAUUUCAGAUUCUAAUUAUGCCAUCCCCACAUGCACGCGACACGUUUAUUACUUCUUUCUUUCUUACUUUCACCACCUUGCAUGUAUUUGCAUUACUGAGCUGGUCUAAUAACGCUCUGGGUGCGUUUUCUGACGACGUCGUGCUGCCAUUCUUUUCUUCAAGUUCUUCCCCAUACGACUGGUUCGUCGACGUUGAGCGAUGCUGAGAAAAUUGUCUCGUAAAUUCGUGAAAAAGGCUCUUUGGUGGUCGAGGCUGAAGCUGGUGUAUACUAGGAUCACCUUGACCAAGUUCACAUUGCUCUACUCCAUCGUUGCUCUCUUGACUUGUAUUGUUUUGACCAGUCUCCAAGGCCUGGCGUACCAUGACAACUCCAAUGCCGCUAAUCUCAUCUCUGACAUUUUAAACACGGCCAAUGUUACCAAUGGUUUGACGAUCCUAUACGACAACCUGUUGCAAUAUUGCUAUGAUAUUCCAAGCCAGCCUGAUUCCGACUGCGUUCCUAUCCGACCUGGUAACUCGACCUUUGCCGGUACUGAGAACACGACAGAUGAUUUCGUGCAGCACCAUGUUUCGGCCCACUCUUUCGCCAAGCGCGAUCACCCUGCUAUCGUACCGAUUAUCAUCAACGGAACUACGGUCGGCGUCAAGGUUGCGGACGGUGUAUUACCUGUCCCAUGUUUGAGAGCUUUCCAUUGGCUUGGGGAUGUCUUUCAAGACUCAAGGAGAGAAGAUGUGGUUGCCCUGCUAUACCAGAUAUGGAUGCUAAGCCUCUCAAUCGUCGUCAUAUUGAACGAGUCCCUUCCUCAUCUCGGAGCAUCUUUGGCUGGUCACGUACUCGGGACGGCCUGGGCGGGUUUCCGCGUUUCAAGCUCGAAACAUUUACAGGAUCGAUAUAACCAGUUCAUCGUACAUGGCACCUGUGAUGGUAUCGAUCUCUUGCAAGAUUGGUGGCCUCUUCGAACGAGACAUACGGUUCCCGUUGUCAUCCUCAAUGCUAUUGCGCUUCUGACACUGCUUUACUUGUCCGCUAAUCUCUACAAGGUCUACGCGAAUCAAUCGUUUAGUCGUGUUGGUGGUUCACCUGAGAUCAACAGAAUGUACAAGUUCGUUCUUCUGCUUUCCGUAACACUGCAAUUGGCCGGGUUUUUCUCUCUUGCUGCCACUGGGAUGUGGAUUGACAAAAUUUCGGGAGGCAGCAUCCGGCGUGUUGCCAGACAUCUUCAUCUGUAUCUUGCUGUUUUUGGCGUAACCGCAGUGUGUGAAUUUCCGUGGGUAGUUCUGGGGUGGCUUUCUGUGCGGCGAGAGUCUCGUCGCUUAUUUAUUAUCUUCGGUGCCCUUUCUGUCUUUCUUCUAGGCGUUUCGACGUUCAUGUUUGCCAGCGCACUUUAUCGUUUCAUUUUCAUGGCUUGGCCCUUUUUCGCCACUAUGACGGUGACCACUUAUGUUCUCCUCGUCGCCACCUCAGCUUUGGGUGUGAUUUGCCGCCUUCACUUUGACAAAGGUCUGGCGCAGUUUUUGAGAGUCAGCGAUGCCCUCGAGGGCAUGGAUUUCACACCGGCAUACUUCUCCAAGAACGUCAACGAUGUCGAUGACAUUGUCGGACUCAAGCGUUCUGCAUCUGAAAAGUCAUACACGUCGUCGAAGAAAAUCCCGAUAGACGAGAAGGAGCUACCUGAAAUUGAGCAACCGGCGGCAGCUCAUUUCGAAACGAGAGCGGCUCAUUCACUUUCGGUGUAUUCUGAUACCAACCGUCCUACCAUGAAAUUCACCUCCACUCCGAAAGUCGCACGGAGUCAGCGUGCCUCUACUGUGUCGACAGCUACUGCUCUCACGACCUCCACGACAUCGACUUACAGCAAGCAGCCACGUUCAACGACCAAGGCUGCAUGGAAGGAGCACUCUAACAGGCCUGCGACUCCUCUAGGUUCCCGUUCCACAACAAGAGGACGCAGAGACCGCGCCUUCGGAAGGACUCUGUCACCACCCUUGUUCGCAAAGAUUCGCCAGUUAUCAGCGCCCCCAAGAGAAUGAGAUCUGCACAGGCUAAAGACACCGGUAUCAAGUCGUCUGCGCCUGUUUCCCCAAGUUCGCCUGUCUCCAAGGAACCGACCCCACAGCCAUCUCCAGGAAUCCCGUCUUCUUUUCCCACCGGUAUUCGUCAGGGCACCCCUGAUAGUCUACGUGGACCGAGAUUGCCGGCGUCCCCUCGCCCCUCGAGGCCUUCGUAGUUAAGAGUGGCUGCUAUUCAUCGUCGUGGAAACAUUCCUUUUUUCACAUUGACACUUGUUCCCAUCGUUGUGUACUGGUAACACUGUUAGUAUGGUUUACAGCAUGUAGUGUAUACAAGAUAGAUUCUUGUUGGAUAUCCGU